CCUAAAUGGAAAUGCUCACACUCACCCGUUUACAGGAGACCCUACACUGACGGCUGGAUCAGGUGAUCCCUGACCAAAGCCCUGGGACUGCUUGCAAUGCCUGAUCCCUCCCUGGCCUUGCAGCCCAGCCCUGUAGGAGGCAGAGGGAUAGCUGCCAGGGCUGGCAAGCAGAAGGGAAAGCACAACUGGAGUGGCCAAAGCUCCCCUGGAGGGGUGCUGCACUCCUGCAGCCAGCUCCUGAAGGAGGAAGAACAUCCUGAGCUCAUCUGGUACCACCCCCAUGUCAUCUACCCAGCAGGGUUGCAGGUCCCUCACGUGCCCUGUCAAACAUUAACAGCCCCUCGGCGAGGCAGACAGCACAGGCAGCAGCAGCACCCAGCCACCAUGGCAUUCAGCAGCCGCCUCACCUCGUCCCUCCGGCCCGCCCUGGCAGCUCUGCAGUGGGCAGCCCCCAGGCAGUGCCGGAGGCUCAGCACCCCCCAGGGAUCAGAGCCCUCACUCGAUCUCAGGGGCAUCUUCCCACCCCUCGCCACCCCUUUCUCACCCUCACAGGAGGUGGACUAUGCCCAGCUGGAGGGAAACCUGCGCCGCUACGCCAGCAUCCCUUUCAGAGGACUGGUGGUGCUGGGCUCCAGUGGGGAGUAUCCAUACCUGGCACCCCACGAGAGGGUGGAGGUGGUGAGCUGCGUGCGCCAGGCUCUGCCCAGGGACCGCUUGCUGCUGGCUGGCUCGGGCUGCGAAUCCACCCAGGCCACCAUCGAGCUGACGGUCAGCAUGGCAGAGGCAGGGGCUGAUGUGGCGCUGGUUGUGACACCCUGCUAUUACCGGGGUGCCAUGACCACUGCUGCCCUGGUCCAUCACUACACAGAGGUUGGCAACGCAUCCCCCAUCCCGGUGGUGCUCUACAGUGUCCCUGCCAGCACUGGCCUGGACCUGCCCAUGGACGCUGUCAUCACCUUGGCUCAGCACCCCAACAUCAUUGGGAUCAAGGACAGCGGUGGGGACAUCACCCGCAUGGGGCUGAUGGUCCACAAGACAAGGCAGGAGGAUUUCCAGGUGCUGGCAGGAUCAGCCGGCUUCUUGCUGGCGAGCUAUGCUGUGGGUGCCGCUGGGGGGGUGUGUGCCCUCGCCAAUGUUCUGGGUGACCCGUUGUGCCAGCUGGACCACCUGUGCCGCGAGGGCCGGUGGCAGGAGGCCCGUGACCUGCAGCACCGCCUCAUUGAGCCCAACACGGCGGUCACCCGCCGGUUCGGGAUCCCGGGGCUGAAGAAGGCCAUGGAGUGGUUUGGCUACUAUGGGGGUCCCUGCCGCGCACCCCUGGCCCCUCUGAGCCCUGCCCAGGCUGAAGAGCUGAAGAGCACCUUCAGUGCCAAUGGCUGGUUGUGAGGUGUUCUCCAUCUGCCCCUUUCCACACCAGGAAGGUACAGGAGUCAGGGACCCUGGGAACUGGGGAUAUGCUGGGGACAUUGGGAGGUGGCCAGGAGAAGGCCGCCCCUGUUAGUCUUUCCUGUUGGACAGGGCUGCCCUGGGCAGAGUGGGUAGAGGGGGGCAACCCCAGGCCAGCCUGUAUCCCUGCCAGCCCCCAGGGUCCUGUUGUCUUCACCUGGGAAGGAGUGGAUCCUUGUGCCAUGAAUAAACUUGCCAUCUCC